AUGCGCAGCGGGAGCCGCGGUGUCUUCGGGGCGCCUCUGGGGUUCGCGCAGCAGCAGCAGCAGCAGCAGCAGCAACAGCAGCAGCCGCAACAGCAGCAGCAACCGCAGCAGCAGCAACAGCAGCAGCAGCAGCAGAGGAGACACAAGCAGCAGCAGCAGAUGGGGCAGACGGAGAGCACGGAGGAGGCACCUCCAGCAGCAGAGGUAGCAGCAGAGGCCCCACAAACUGCAGCAGAAGCAGCAGCAGCAGCAGCAGCAGCAGCAGCAGCAAAGGUAGCAGCAAGAAAAGCAGCAGCCGACAGCUGGGCCAAAAGAGACUCAACAGCUUCAGUGGGUUCCACCACAACUACAGAAGAAGCAGAAGCAGCAGAAGAACCUGCUGCAGCAGCAGCAGCAGCAGCACCUGCUGCUGCUGCUGCUGCUGCUGCUGAGGACAAGAGGCCCCAGGAAGAAGCAGCGCUCAAGAAGCAGCAAGGAAGCAGGGAACAGCAGCAGCAGCUGCAGCAGCAGCAACAGCAGCAGAAGCAGCAGCAUAAAAAACAGCAGGAACAGCAGAAGCAGCAGCAGAAGCAGCAGCAGAAACAGCAGCAACAAGAGCAGCAGAUACUGCAGCAGAAACAGCAGCAGCAGGAGCAGCAGAAGCAGAGUCCGGAGCAGAAAAAGGCAGUACAGCAGCCGCUGCGGCAGCAGCAUGCGGAGCGGAAGCAGCUGCAGCAGCAGCAGCAGCAGGCUACCCAGCAGCUGCAACGGCAGCGCACCCAGGAGCAGCAGCAGCAGCAGGGAAAGCAGCAGCAGCAGGGGAAGCAGCAGCAGCAGCAGCAGCAGCAGCAGGAGCAGCAGGAGCAGCAGCAGGAGUCUGAGGGCACUUUUAGUUCGUAUAUGACAUUUGGGCUAACUGGCUUAAAGCGGCUGCUGACGGGAGAGACUUUCUCAGAAGAACCUGCAGCAGCAGCAGCAGCAGCAGCAGCAGCAGCAGCAGCAGCAGCAGCAGCGGAUAAACCAGAAGAGGCAACAGUCCCAGCUGUAGAGACACCAAGGGAUCGGAGCGGGACGAAGGCGCGAGACACUGCGCCUACGAGCAGCCAGCAGCAGCAGCAGCAGCAGCAGCAGCAGCAGCCAGAAGAGGCAGCAGCAGCAACAGCAGCAGCAGCAGCAAAGGCAGCAGCAGCUGAAGCAGCGGAGCCCGCAGCAGCCCCUUUGCAGUACAAAGACCUGGGGGCCCCCCAGGAGGUCCCUGAUGAAGAAGAGGCCCCCCAGGAAUGGCUGGAGGGCCCCCAGGAGGGGCCCCCAGCUUCCUCGGGGGGCCCCCCGGAGGGGCCCCCAGCUUCCUCGGGGGGCCCCCCAGGGGGGCCCCCCGGGGGGCCCCCCGGGGAAGCUGGGGGCCCCCCGAGCGAGGGCUUGAGUUGUGCGCAGGUAGAAAUGAGUUCAGAAGAGGCCCCUGCAGCAGCAGAGUCUACAGCCUCCACGGAGGCCCCGCAGCAGCAGCAGCAGCAGCAGCAGCAGCAGCAGCAGCAGGAGGGGGCCCCGCAGCGCCAGCAGGGGGGCCCCGCGGAGCCCGGGGGGGGCCCCCCCGAGCAGCAGCGCAGCAGGGGGGCCCCUAGGGAAGGGCAGGAAGGCCCUGCAGAGGCUGGGGGGCCCCCGGGGGCCCCUCUGGAGGGGCCCCCGGGGGUCCAGGGAGGGGGGCCCCCCAGGGAGGGUCUAGGAGGGGCCCCUGGGGAGGAAAGGCCGGCUUUUGAGGAGCUGGGGGCCCCCCAAGAUGCAGCUGCUGCUGCUGCUGCAGUGGGGGCCCCUCCUGGGGCCAGGGGGGCCCCUGGGGGCCCCCCUGGCCCCGCAGGGGGCGUGGGGGGCCCCCCUGAAGAGGCCAAGAGGGGGGCCCCUGGGGCCCCUGGGGGCCCCUCUGAGGGCACAGGGGGGGCCCCUAAGGAUUCUAAAGGGGUACUAAAAGAGGAAGCUGCUGCUGAGCUGCAGCAAAUCUGCAAAGGGGAAGAGGGGCCCCAGAAGGAGGGGGCCCCCACAGCUGGGGGCCCCUGGCAGGGGGCCCCGGGGGCCCCCGGAGUUGGGGGCCCCAGUACCCUUCUGGGGGCCCAGGGGGCCCCCACAGCUGGGGCCUCUAGGGAGGGGGCCCUGGGGGCCCCCCAAGAGAAAGGGGCCCCACAAGAAGAGGGGGCCCCUGGGGAUGAAGGGGCCCCCCAAGAGAAGGGGGCCCCCAAAGAGAAAGGGGCCCCUGAGGAGGAGGGGGCCCCCAAAGAGAAAGGGGCCCCUAAAGAAGGGGCCCCCAAAGAAGAGGGGGCCCCCAAAGAAGAAGGGGCCCCCAAAGAAGAAGGGGCCCCCAAAGAAGAAGGGGCCCCCAAAGAAGAAGGGGCCCCCAAAGAAGGGGCCCCCAAAGAAGGGGCCCCUAAAGAAGGGACCCCUAAAGAAGAAGGGGCCCUUGAAGAUGAAGGGGGGCCCCCCGAGGCCCCUGAAGAGAAGGGGGCCCCCGAAGAGAAGGGGGCCCCUAAAGAAAGAACCUUUGAUGAUGGGGCCCCCCUGGGGGCCCCCCUUGAAGAACAGGGGCCCCCAGCUGCAGCAGCGGGGGGGCCCCCUGAGGGCUUGGGGGCCCCCAGAGGAGCAGCUCGGCCUAAGAGUGGCGUUGCUGCAGCAGCAAAAGAAGCCCAUAAGGGAGCAGCAGCAAACCAAGGGGCCCCCGGGGUGAGGGGGGCCCCCGUGGGGGCCCCCAAGAGGAGUGGGGGAGGCGCAGAGGGGGCCCCCAAGAGCAGCAGCAGGCCGGCAGCUGAGGCCCUGAAGAAGCGGGGGGCCCCCGCAGCAGCAGCAGCAGCAGCAGCAGCACCUGCUGCUGCUGCAGCAGCAACGACUCGAGCUAGUCUCUUGAAGCAGCAACACAGCAGAGGCAAAGAGGCCCCACAAACUUUGCUGCUGAGGGGUGGGUCCAGCAGGGGGGCCCCCCUUAGGGGGGGUUUAGCUGGCAGCAAAGAGUUCAACAGCAGCAGCUCAGGGGCCCCUGUGCAGAAGCGCCACUCAGUAGAGCAGCGAGGGGGCGCAGCAGCAGCACCAGCAGCAGCAGCAGCAGCGCCAGCAGCAGCAGCAGCAAAGUCGGCUAGGGCGGGCGCAGCGCAGCCCAAGGGCGCAGCUGGAACAGCAGCAGCAGCAGCAAAAGCAGCAGCGAAGAAGCCACAGGAAACACCCCGAAGGAGCAGCACCAUGUUUCCCCGGCGAGUGGCCGGGGAGCCCAGCAGCAGCAGCAGCAGCAGCAGCAGCAGCAGCAGCAGCAGCGGGACUGCGCAGCACGUGCUGCAGCGGGGCCUCUCUGCAGGGGCAAAGGCCCCCAGGGCCGGCCAGGCAGCCCCGAAGAGGUGGAAGUGA